AGUCUGCCAUGAACUUUGGUACAUUAUGUGUGAGCACACUGCUGCUGUUAAACUUGUUCUGUUACUGAUUAACCGCGCGUGGUAAAAGGUUGUUCACAAACACAUAACAGUUUCCGUUUGGCACUAGCAGCAAAGUGUUGUGGGAAAACUGAAAUACGGAAAAUAAGUUUUAACGCAACAAGAUGCUGGUAGUAGCCAUGGUAGUUUUAUGAGUUGAUCAAAAAAUAUAAUAGUUGCGUACAGAUAAAGCAUGGUUUAAACUGGAAAACAUAUGACUUGUUAGAUAUAGCAGCCUACUGUAUAGUUUGGGAUAGACCAAACGACAGAAUGCAGGUUUUGAACAACACAUUUAAUAGUGAGACCAUAGGUAAAGAACAGUGUUACUAUCUUUCAGCGAUGUGGUGUUGAUUAUUUAUUUAUUGGAAAACAUUAUCCACAAAUACAUUGGACGCUUAUAAUGGAUCCUACUUUGUAGUUGUGAAUAAUCUUGCAAUGAUUUGUAAAUACCACUGCUGCAGCCUAUAUAUCUACCGCGUUCUUUUACUUCUAAAAUAAUUCGUCUAUCCUUCUAACAUAAACAGGCUCCAGUUACAUAAGUGCUGAGUAUAUUGUGUAAGGUUACGUGGUUAUUGUGUAUAAGUAACCGAGCAGUGCCCAGGGCAAAGUGAAAUGUAUAGCUGCCAAAGAGAGUAGUGCAAAUGUGCAAACGUUAACGCGCUAGAAUCUUUGAUAAGGUGUUGUUUGGACGCGGCUUUAUUAGCACCGUACACCGUUAAUGCUUGUAUGUAAAAAUAAGAACGAAUCUUUUAAAAUAGCUGGAACCUUUUAAAGCUUGGUCUAUUAAUUUAAAAGCAAGGCAUUCUUGCUUUGGAUUGCAUCAAAAUGAAGGUAAUAUACGCUGGCUUCAGCAAAACCGGCACCAAAUCCAUGACGGCCGUGUUCCAUGAGUUUGGCUACAACACUUAUGAUUUCAUGGAGAACUCGUACUACCUUGGUAAAGAUUGGAGAAGAAUAAUCAAAGAUGGUGGAACAGUGGGAGAUUUUAGGAGAAUGUACAAAGGCGUGGACGCUGUGGUUGAUGUUCCUUGCUAUACUUACUGGGAGCAAAUUUCGGAAGCUUUUCCAGAAGCUAAGAUUAUCAUUUCUGUACGAGAUGACGAAUCGUGGAUACGCGCCUUGAAGAAACAACUUUUUUCGAUGGUAACGGAUUACAUGUACAUAUCAAUGCAGUUACUUUCCUAUUCUGGAUGGCAGCAUUUCAAAUUUUCCCGAGCAUGCGGUUUAGCAGCUUUCGGUGCAGCCCCAGUUAGCUGGCCUUGGAAUCUUAACUUCAAUGAGAUGACUUUUAAAAGGCUCUACAGGACUCAUAACUGCUACGUACUACAGAACGCGCCGAAAGAUAAGUUGUUGGUGUUGAAUUUUAAAGACGGUUGGGAACCAAUCUGUGAAUUCCUGGGAGAUAAAGUACCAGACAAGCCCUUCCCACACGCCAAUAUAGGGGCAUCCAUUAUACAGGAAUACAUGGAAAAUCAUCCAAUUAUGAAGCGAAUGAUGCGAGAAGCGAUGUUUACUCUCGGUAUUCUUACUCUCAUUGGGGCGUAUGGUGGGUACAAGGUUUACCAAAACCCAGCAAGUAUAAGAGGUUGGAUCAACGCAGCAAUGACAAGAUUCAAGUUCUGGUGACUUGUUGAUCACAACUCACUCACAAAUUGCAUGCUUUUUAUUGGCCUGCACUGCACAAUAUUCACACGUAUUUAAUAACGUAAUAGAUAAAUAAUGUACAUACAUUCAUUUAUUGUACUACGCAAAAAGUUAUAAUUUGCUGUAUUGCACCGUGUGUGUUUUAGUUGCACCCGUUCCGAGACAGUGAUUUUGGGUUAUGUGUUAAUUAGACUGUGCUAAAGUCGUGUGCAGUGCUUAAGGUACACGCUGCUUUUCCACGCUUGUUUUAAGCGCAACUAAAUGCUGGUAUAGUAGCCAUGGUAGUUUUAUGCGUUGAUUAAGGUAUAUAUGGAUUACAUAUAUAAAUCGUUUAAAAUGAAGAAAAUAUACUGGCUUGGUAUAGAUGUAAUGUUGUAGUAUGUUGCAGUGGUAAAGAUACGGGUCGCUGUGGUGUUGAUUAUUUAUUUCUUGGAAAAUAUUACCAUAAGCAUCCAUGAAUGCAUAGGACACUCAUAACGGAUACAUAUUUUGUAUUAGUGGAAGUCUUAUGAUAAUUUGUAAAUACCGCUGCAGCCUAUAUAUACCUUGUUCUUAUAUUAUCAACAAAAUUUAUAUAUCCUUGUAAUAUAAAAAGACUCAAAUUAAACAAGUGCCAUAUUA